AUGAAUAAAAAUCUCAAGAUAACAGCUGCGUUCAUAAGGGCUCUUUUGAAAGCCCGGCGGCCGGUCCACCCGGCGCCGGUCCACAUAGGGACCAGGGGCUCCCCCGAGACCAACUACCUCAUCAAACACAUCGCCAGGCAGAGACUCCUCUCCAAGCCCAGCCCAGUCCCAGAGCUCGGCUCCUUCACCCCUCGCUCCUCAGCCCUGAAACACAAGAUGGCUGCCUUCAGUUCUCUUUACGUUGUGGACGAGAACAAGGCUCUGAACCCCUUCGCUGGAGCACAGACCCCCAGCGUGAACCCAGCAGCCGGGACGAGAGCAGGAGAGGCACGGCCGCAGAGCGAGCCUUCUCCCAAGAGGACGAAAGGGGGAUUCUUUCUAGAUCUGGAACCAUCACCUGAGGGGGAGCAGCUCUGUGAGAAUACAGGAACCCCCGCACUGCUGCUGCCCAAGAGAGAGGGGGUGCCGUUUACAUCAGGGGUCCCUGGAAUCACAGAGCAGGAGGAGGAGGAGGAGGAGGAGAAGCCCCGGGAGACGGAGGGUGAGGGACUAUGUGCCGGUGGGGGGAUCCCCUUCCCUGACCUGGGGGACGAGACCCAGCCUCUGCAGACAGGUGCGCCCUGAAAAAACAACUCUGUUCUAAACAGGGAUGGGAGUAAGACCCCUCCUGGAGAGCGGCAUGACUGAAUAAAUAC